CGGAGCCCUAUAAAAAUCAGACCCAAAUAAGCCGAGAGCAUCAGUUGCAUUGAGUUCAGCCAUGGCGCGACAAUUGAUUCUCAUCCUUUCACUGGCGCUUUACGUAGGCAGCUCUCAGGCAGUGCUGAGCGAAAUAGCCCGCCAGACCGAGUCUGCCUUGAACGGAUUGGCAGACAUCAAUUUGGCUCCACUGCGCUACUUGAACGUGCUGUUCGGAGCCAAUCCAGGAGGAAUUCGCGGACUCGAUGGAGCAGGCUCCGCGGCUGCGGCAUUGCAGGCUGCCCAAGCAGCCAACCUCGUGGCCAACGGAGGAGUUUUCCGGGAUCCCUCGAUCGGUCAAAUAUCGGCUUCUGCUGGCCCGGGCAACGACUUGAUUACAAUCAUCAAAAACAAAAGACCCGGUUCGUUCCCCAUCGUUCAGGGCACCAAUUUUCCAUCACUAUCACUGAAUCCUCCGGUGAAUGAUUUUGUUGGACGUUUACUAGGUAAUCCGGGUGGUCCUGGUGGUCCUGGUGGUCCUGGUGGUCUUGGUGGUCCUGGUGGUCCUGGUGGUCUUGGUGGUCCUGGUGGUCCUGGUGGUCCCUUCGGUCCAGGUAGUCCCUUCGGUCCAGGUGGUCUAGGUGGUCCAGGUGGUCCAGGUGGUCGAGGUGGUCUGGGUGGUCCGGGUGGUUCCUUCGGUCCAGGUGGUCUGGGUGGUCCAGGGGGUUCCUUCGGUCUAGGUGGUUCCUUCGGUCUAGGUGGUUCACGUGGUCCACGUGGUGUGGGUGCACCAGGAGGCGGGUUCGGUGGCAGCGGAGGUAUUGAUAUCAACUUGGGUAUUGGAGCAGACGCCAGCAGAAAUAUAGAGAGACCUCCAGGCGGCAGCGGUGGACUCUUUGGGAACGGAGGACUAUUCGGCACGGGACUCCUCGGCCAGAACGGACUGUUCGGCACUGGACUCUUCAAAAUCCCACGGUUCAACCUACUCGACCCCCUAGGCAUUUUCACUCCGGUCGGAAACUUAUUCGGUGGUCUGGGCAACAUGUUCGGGUUCUCCUCACAGACCAGGGCUUCCACGGAUGGAUCCGGCAACCUGGGCAUCAAUAGAGGUUUGACCGGCUCCGUCAGCGUGGACCUGGGAGCAUUACUUCCCACGCCAAAGAAAAUUUUGACCGGGCUAUUCCCCCUGCUCGGCGUACUGGGUUAGCAGGAGGUCACAUCAAAACGCAAUGGAUAACUGGAUCUGACGGUUUAACGACUAGGCCUAAUCUAUUUAGUAUUAGUAAGAACGACAAGUGUCGGGGUUAUAGUAUCAUUUGUCUUGGCCAAGCUUUGUAAUUGUAAUACCCAUUAAUAAAUAUAAGCAGCAUUCCAAA